AUGCUGCCGAAUGAACGGGAAGCUGUUGAACGAAAUGGGAAUUGCGAUCAAAGUAAUGACAAUCAAAAUGAAAAUACUGGAGGUGAAAGUGUGAAUAAGGUGCACGAUGAAGACGCCGUUCGCAGUGAACUUCAAAAUGAAAUUAAAAAAGAAGUCGAAAAUAAAAUCGGCGAUAAACAAAAAGAAAGCGAAAAAGACGAAAGUUCGAAUGCGAAUCAGAACACAAAUUCGGCGUCUAUAUCGGCGAACACAAAUUUUGAAAGCGACGAAAUCUAUCGGUUGAUGUUAGCCGAGGCGCAAAAACCGCGUGCCGAUAUUCUCUUCUCGAAUAGCCAAUCUCAACAGCAAACCAGUGCUGAAACAACGACCGCGACUACACAAGAUAAGAUCUUUGAUAUUCCAACUUCACCAACGAAAGUUUCUCACUCAACACCAACGAAUCGAGUGAAAUCGUCAGCAAGCAAUCCAUCGACAAACAGAAUCAAGCGAUCACGACGACGAUCGAACAGAACAUCCAAAAUCACAACAUGGGAGAAGAGAUUUCAACAAACCCUAACUGCUUCAAACAAUAGGGAAUCAGCGCCGACAGCAAUGGAUGUGGAUAGCGACAAUUAUGAUCGGAAUGUUGAAAUGGAUAAAAGAAACAAUAGUAUCAUUGAUGACAAUGAUGAGGAUGACUUUGCGAAUGUGAAAAAUAUUAAUGAAGCGGUCAAGAAGAGGAAAUCGUCAAGUGGAGGCAAUCACAAGAAACGAAAUAUUCGCAUUACACCAAAGUCAACUUCAGCGUGGUCGGUGUUUUUUUGGUUUCUGUAUUUGCGAAUUUGA